AGGUGACCCGGAUGUGGCGCAGGUUGUGUUGACAUCAGAGCGGCGGCGAUCAUCAUCAGAUCAUGUUCUCAUUUCUGCGUUUCUUGUGAGUGGAAGCGGCGCGUCAGUCGCUGUGCGGGCGUCAGGUGCAGCAUCUUCUCCAUGUGUGUCUCCUGAGUCCCGGAGUGUGUCGUGCUCUUGUUCUUCUGUUCUGAGCAACCCGAGGUCAUCAUGGUGAGUAAAGCGGGAGACGACCCGGACAGCCUGAUGUCUCUGUGCUCCGUCUUCUGCCUGAAGAACCUGCGGAGAACCAUGUGCUUCAGCGGAGAGCAGAACCGGCUCCAGCUGCGGCCCGACGUCUUCCUGCCCGGCGAGAUCUGCGACCGGCUGGUGAACGAGUACAUGGAUCUGCUGCACACUGACAGCGACUUCGAGCCGCAGGACGGCUUCUUCCAGCUCUUCAGUGACCCGCGCAGCACCAGACUGACCCGCCUGCAGCUGAGGGAGGAUCUGGUGCGAGACCGAGACCUGGAGGCCAUCGGGAAACAGGAUCUGAUGGAGCUUCAUCUGACCUGCUGUAACCGUCUGACGGCACGCAGCCUGCAGACGCUCUGCAGCUUCAAACACUCGCUGCGGUCGCUCAGUGUCUUCGGCUGCUCCAGCAUCUUCUACGACGAGGAGGACGAGGAGGAUCUGGAGGAGCAUCUGCAGUGGCACACGGUGGACCUGGACUUCAGCUUCCAGGGCUUCAACCGUCUGCGUCUGCUGAACCUGGGAGGCCUGCGGGCGGAGCUGGACGUGGAGACGCUGCUGCGGCCGCUGCCCGCUCUGACCUCGCUGGACCUGUCGUCCGUCCAUCUGCCUCGACCGGCCUUCCUCACGCAGUGGAGCGAGCGACUGGCGUCUCUGGUGCUGUAUAACGUGGAGCUGACGGAGGAGCUGAUCCACACGCUGCUGCAGAUGAGCAGAUUGAGACACCUGGAUAUCUCACGAGAGAAUCAGAGAACGUCUAAAUUCAAGAUGACGAGGAAGAUCUUGAGCAGUAUCGUUCAGAGUUUGGUCGAUCUGGUGUCUCUGGACAUCUCUGGACACAUCAUGCUGGAUAACUGCACGGUGCCGGCGUUUGAGGACGUUGUGGGCCGGCCGAGCAUCGAGCUGUGUAAGAGCAGCAUUUACCCGUUUCAGGAGCUGAAGAGGCCGCUGCAGUUCUUAGGACUGUACAACACAACGCUCUGCAACGUCACACACAUCCCUGCGUAUAAGUUCAGUUCAAGCUUUCUUCUCAUUGUGUUUGCUGUGUGUCUUCAGCUGGUGAUCACAGCGCUGAAGACUCAUAAAUAUGACAAGAGCAUUCAGGUGACGGGCAGCGCCGCUCUGUUUUACCUCACCAACACCGAGUACCGCAGCGACCAGAGCGUCCGUCUGCGCAGACAGGUCAUACAGGUGGUGCUCAACGGCAUGGAGCAUUACCAGGAGGUGACGGUCCAGAGGAACUGCUGUCUGACGCUCUGUAACUUCAGUAUUCCUGAGGAGCUGGAGUUCCAGUAUCACAGAGUCAAUCUGCUGCUGCUGAAGAUCCUGGAGCCGGCGCGUCAGGACGAGUCCAUCCAGCGCAUCGCCGUCCAUCUGUGUAACGCACUCGUCUGUCAGGUCGACAACGACCACAAAGAAGCCGUCGGCAAGAUGGGAUUCGUCAAGACGAUGCUGAAUCUGAUCCAGAAGAAGCUGCAGGACAGAAUGUGUGAUCAGGUGAUGGAGUUCUCGUGGAGCGCGCUCUGGAACAUCACAGACGAGACGCCUGAUAACUGUCAGAUGUUUCUGGAGUGUAACGGCAUGAACCUCUUCCUGGAUUGUCUGAAGGAGUUUCCUGAUAAGCAGGAGCUGCACCGUAACAUGCUGGGGCUGCUGGGUAACGUGGCCGAAGUGAAGGCGCUGAGGCCGCAGCUGCUGACCAAGCAGUUCAUCACGGUGUUCAGUGAGCUGCUGGACAGUAAAGCGGACGGCAUCGAGGUGUCCUAUAACGCCUGCGGAGUCCUGUCACACAUCAUGUUCGACGGGCCGGAGGUCUGGACCAUGGAGGAGCCCAGGAGGACACACGUCAUGGACAAAAUGUGGGCGGCCAUCCAGAGCUGGGACGUCAGCUCGCGACGCAACAUCAACUACAGGUCGUUCGAGCCCAUGCUGCGUCUCCUCCCUCAGAGCGGCGCUCCGGUCAGUCAGCAUUGGGCCACAUGGGCGCUUUAUAACCUGGUGUCCGUUUACCCGGGUAAAUACUGCCCUCUGUUGAUAAAGGAGGGCGGCGUCAUUCUGCUGCAGAAAGUUCUGGAGCUGGAGUCCUCUCAUCAGGAGACCAAGGACAUGGCACGGUAACAACACAGACACAUUCACUCACACACACACACACACACUCGCACACUCACACACAU